AUGACCGAAGCGACAACUCCAAAACGAAAGCCUGGCAACUCUGCCUUUAAACAACAGCGCCUGAGUGCAUGCCAACCAAUUAUAACACCAAAAACCGUAUUUCCAGUAUUUAUAGCAAUUGCUACGAUAUUUUCUCCACUGGGUGGAAUUUUAUUUUACUUCAAUGAUAAAGCUUUAGAAUUAUCCAUAGAUUAUACACAUUGUGAUACGGAAGCACUAUUUGAAUUCGGUCCAAUACCUGUAAAAUAUGUAACUGAUUCUAUGAUUAAAUCCAAAUCUAUACCGGAAAACUCUCAGCAUCCUAAAUGGAAGAGAUCGAACAUUACUAUUCUUCCAAAUAAUAAAACAAUUACUCGAUGUUCUAUUAUUUUUUAUAUACAUAAAGAGAUGAAACCUCCAGUAUAUUUAUAUUAUCGUCUAACAAAUUUCUUUCAAAAUGAAAGAGGUUAUGCUAGAAGUUUAGAUACUGAUCAACUUAAAGGAAAAGCCGUAAAUAGAGAUGGUCUUAAACGUGGUGGUUGUAAGAGUCUUGCGCUUUAUAAUGAAACUAUAAUAUAUCCCUGUGGACUACUUGCGAAUUCCAUGUUCAAUGAUACCAUAGGAAACCUUACUUUGUUAAAUGCACUCGAUGAAUCAUUGUAUACAAAUAUAACAUAUAAUUUUACUUAUAACGGUAUUGCACCACCUGGAGAAACAGCAAAAUAUAAACCUACUACAUAUAAUAUUGGUCAAAUUCGACCACCUUUAAAUUGGGAAGCAAGAUACCCGAAUGGUACAUAUACAACCGAUUAUCCUCCAAUAGAUCCAUCAACAGAUGAACAUUUUCAAGUUUGGAUGCAUACAGCUGGGCUUCCGAUUUUUAGAAAAACUUAUGGAAUUAAUGAAGCUGCACCAUUACAAGUUGGAUAUUAUCAAAUAAAUAUUAAUACAGUUUUUCCUGUCAAAGGUUAUGGUGGCACCAAAUCCAUAGUGAUUUCCACGCCUUCCGUGGUCGGUGGUAAACAUCCAUUCCCUGGAAUUGCUUAUAUAGUAGUAGGAGUAGUAUGUGGAAUUAUUGGCAUUAUACUUGCUGUUGAAAGUUUCUUUAAUUCUCAUAAAAGAAGGGAUCGUAGAUAUGCUUCGAUGCAAAUUGGAAAUAGCCAAAAGAAUAUUGAUUCACAAUAA